AUGGGCUGCGGGGGGAGCAGGACUGAUGCUCUGGAGCCUCGCUACCUGGAGAGCUGGACCAAGGAGACAGAGUCGACGUGGCUGACCGGCACGGACACCGAGAUCCCCCUGUCGUCCAUCCAGAGCAUCGCCUCGGAGAGCUCGGAGGCCGGCUUCGCCUCCGAGAAAACUAUCAGCCCCGUUCCAGAUUUCUUUGAAGACGGCCUCCCUCCACCCGCUCAGGCUUACCUGAAGGUUUGUUCGGCCGUGUCUGAAGCCAGUCUGAACGACGUGAAGCCCAGCAGUCCCCCUGCAGCACUGGGCUCUCCACCCAGGGAGGCGGUGUUACCGUCAUCUGGCACCACAGUGCAGCGGAGAAGUGUUCUACACACUGAAGAGAUUACAAAAUGGCAGGACAAUCGCAUGUCGACCAAGCAGGUGACCAUCACGGUGACGCAGAGCAUCCAUCAGGUGGACAAGAACGGCAAGGUGAAGAAGUCCCUCACCACCUACGAGGUAAUGAAACCUGUGGAGAGCCUCAAACAGGUGGCCACACAAAACACCUGA